AUGUCGCCAAACUCGAGCAAAAUCGGCACUGUGCUGGCCCUAGUCGCCAGUGUCGCAUUGGUCCAGGCCCAGUCAAUAACAACGACCGCCGGCCCCUCGAUGAUGACUGCUGCAUCGACUCUGAAGCUUGCCAGGACAUAUUCGGGCAACAACUUCUUUGACGGCUUCAACUUUGAAACUGCCGAUGAUCCGACUGGGGGUUAUGUCAACUACGUCAAUAAGCAGUACGCUGAGACCGAGGGACUGAUCAGUGUCCAAUCAAAUGGUGCUGCAGUGAUGAGGGUCAAUUCGGAGCUGAGGGCGAGCGGGCGAGGAAGGGACAGUGUUCGAUUGAGUAGUAAAGACGAGUAUGCCGAUGGUGUCUACAUUCUGGACCUGAACCACAUGCCUGUCGGGUGCGGAGUAUGGCCAGCAUGGUGGACAGUCGUCAAGGAUGGCUGGCCGACCGGCGGAGAAAUCGAUAUUAUCGAAGGCGCCAACGCCCUUCCUCAGCGAGACGGCGAAGCCUGGAAGGCAACCGGAAACAUCACCACUCCCACUAGCCGCUAUCCUAACCGAAACGUCGCCUCCCUUCACACCAGCAGCAACUGCACCAUCUCGACCAACCCAUAUAUGACCGGUGCCGUCGACGCAAACACCUGUUCGGCGCUUAUGAACGCCAACAAGGGGUGCGGAGCUAUCCUGGGCGGGAACACGACGUACGGAGUGGAGAGUAUCGGUAGUCAGGUCAACAAUGCGGGCGGAGGGUGGUAUGCCAUGUGGAGGGACAUGGAAGUGUCUGGAGGUGUCUACGUGUACUUUUGGCCGCGCAACUCGCCCAAUGUACCGGACGACGUCAGGUACCCAAACGCUACCACCACCAACGUCGCGGGCUGGGGUCAGCCUGGAGCGAAUUUGACAACCCCGUCUUGCAAGAAGGACUUUGCGAACCAUGUCAUCGUCUUCAACAUGGCCUUCUGCGGUGACUACACGACAGCUACCUAUACCACCUCCGGCUGCCCCACGGAUACGCCUUGCUCAGCUUUCGUCAUGAACAACCCGAAGGCCUUUACCGAGACGUACUGGUCCAUCAACUCGCUCCGAAUCUACAACACCGCCGGCGCUACGACGAGCAAGGGUCUUGGCACCCCAGCGAUCAUCGGGAUCGCUGUCGGCGGUGGAGCAUUCUUGAUCAUCCUCGCAUUGGCGUACUGGAGGUACCGGGUUGUCAAGCGGAACCGUGCACUGGUUCCCAUUGCUAGCCCCUCGUCUGACGAUGUCGACGAAAAGAAACCCCACAACGACUGGGCAGCGGCGGAUGAGCUCCCACCUCUCAACGGCAUCUACGUGGCCGAGGCACCCACCAAAAAGACCUCGUCGGUCCAGCUCGCUACCGCCAAGCCGCGCACGGGCCGCACCACCCUCGCUCCUGGCAAGACGGCACGGCACCAGCUGGACGGCGAGACCGCGGCCGGCUUUUACCACGGGCAGCAGGCAAGCGUCGACAACACCCCCAACGCCAGCUUGCUCGCGGUCAAUCAAGUGCGCGAGACUCCCCUCACCGCUACUCUCGGCGACAGGCGGGCCAGCGUGCUCAAGGGCGAGCGGAGCCGGCUCAGCAUCAGCGCCGGCGGCGGCCUUCCUGGUCCAUCUCCCCUCUCUCGGCCCGUCAGCCCUACAGGCCUCAAUUCGCCCAGGACGCCCAAGUCCCCGCACACCCCCCUCUCCCCUCGGCGCCAGUCGACGUACAGCCGGCCGGACGGUCGCUCGCCCUCCACGGCGUCUUUUGCGCCUACCAUCUCGAGUCUCGACAGACGGGGCAGCACCUUCCAGGGUGAGAAGACCGGCGGGAGCUGGGUCGGGUAG